AUGACGUUCAUGACUACGUGUUGGGUCCUGACCAUCGGCCUCGUCGCCAUCGCCGCCUAUGUAGUGUCUUCAUUCCGCGCCUGGUGGCGUCUCCGCGAGUUCAAUGGCCCCUUCCUGGCUUCUUUCUCUUACCUCUGGAUCGCCCGAGCCUCGCUCAGCGGCCGCAUGGGCGAGCGAUGGACGGAGACCGAAGCCAAGUACGGGACGGGGACGCCGUCGACGGUGCGCAUCGGCCCGAACGAGCUCCUCACCAGCGACCCGGACGUGAUCCGGCGCACAUCGGCAGCGCGGUCCAAGUACACGCGGUCCGACUGGUACAAGCUCAGCACAAUCGACCCGUACGAGGACGCCAUGCUCAACGUGCUCGACACGGCCGAGCACGACAAGAUCAAGGCGCAGACGGCGCCUGGGUACGCUGGCAGGGAUAACCCGGGUCUCGAGAGCGAGGUCGACAUGAUCCUGAACCUGUUGACCAACAAGAUCCGGACCAAGUACGCCGCCGCCAAGCCCGGGGACCAGAAGCCCAUGUUGGAUCUAGCCACCAUCGCGCAGUACUUCACGCUCGACUCCAUCUCCAAGAUCGCUUUCGGGGAAGAGUUUGGCCUUAUCGAGGCAGAGCGGGACAUCCACCGGCACAUGGAGGUGCUCAACGACGUGGCGCCGGCGUCGGUCACCAUUUCCGCAGUCCCCUAUUUCCGGGCCAUCUUUGGGUCCAACUUGGUGCUGAAGCUGAUCGGGCCUACACCGAAAGACAAGAAAGGAAUGGGGAGAAUCAUGGCAACCGGCAAAGCGAUCGUGGGCAAACGGUUCGCGCAGGAGGAUGCCAAAGACCGGCAAGACAUGCUAGUUUGUGACCCCUUACUCCUCCCCAGCGACGAGAACCUCCUUACUCACUAUUUAAAAACACAGGGCUCCUUCAUCCGGCACGGCCUGUCGCAGCGCAAGUGCGAGACGGAGGCGCUGAUCCAGAUCAUCGCGGGUUCAGACACGACGGCGACGACAAUCCGGGUGGUGAUGCUCUACCUGAUGUCGACGCCGCGGGCCUACUGGGCGCUGCAGGCCGAGAUUGACGCGGGGAUCAAGGCGGGCCGGGUCUCAAGCCCCGUGACCAGCGCCGAGGCCCAGGAGAUGCCGUAUUUGCAGGCCGUGAUAAUCGAAGCCCUGCGGCUCUUCCCGCCCUUCACAGGUGUCCCCUUCAAAGCAGUCCCCCCGCAGGGCGACAUCAUCGACGGCAAGCACGUUCCGGGGGGCACGCUGAUCGCGCCCAACUUCUGGACGACAGGCCGCAACCCAGCCGUCUUUGGCGCCGACGUGGAGGUGUUCCGCCCCGAGCGCUGGCUCGAGGCCGACGCGGCGGCGGCCGAGAGCGGUGACCGCGAGCGGCGGGCCGAGAUGCGCCGCGUGGCGGAGCUGGCGUUUGGGUAUGGGCGGUGGGGGUGCGCGGGCAAGAUGAUUGCGUUUUUGGAGCUGAAUAAGGUGUUUGUCGAGUCCGACAUGUGGGUGUCGGUGGCGCUGCGGGAGAGCCAGGCGGAGAAGUAG